ACGUUCCCGACAGAUUUUCACACAAGCCUAAAAUGAGAUUGGGACCAUAUGAAGGAACAUACAAAUGUAGGGGUUUGUCACCGAAAGAGAGAAUGCAAAUUAUUGGUAGUUGCCAAUCAAAAACCAAACGAUACAUACACCUAAAAAAUUUGGCUGCUGACGCCAUAAGAAAGAAUAAAAUAUUCUCAGUAUAUGGUACCUGCAAGACCGUACGUGACGCUUUGGUCGAACGAGGGUGGGUGGAAAAGCUUCCCUCGCAACGCAUGAACAUGAAAAAUAUAUACAGCGGCCGCACACCCAAGAACGAGAUCAGAAACGAGCUAGAAACCCUGCUCCUAUCCCAUUUUGUAGAAAAACAUUCACCCAGUUUUAUAUGGCGCACCAAGGAUUACCAGGCGCAUAGUACCAUAGACAUGACGAGGGAUUACGUACCUACAGUUAACAGGUUACAGAUAGAUGCUGCUUGGACAACGAAGCAAGGUCUCUGCUCAGCCAUAAAAAGAAACUACUGGUUUUAUAUAGAAGGUGUAGCCGAAGUGUAUUGUCCUCGGACAUACAACAGCUACGACCUUAGUGAAAUAGAUAGUUUCAAAAAUGAUUUUAAAGUUACAGCUUGUACAAGCUUACUGAAGUGGGUGCUGUCAAUGGUCGCCCAUGGCCGUUCUGUGUUUGUCUCUAAUGGUACGGUGUCUAUAAAAAUCAUCCUCUUUGCAAUAAACAGGUGUAAAGAAUACUUAUAUAUGAAACAAAAUAAAGAUAUAGACAAAACAGUAAGUCAUGUAACUGCAGGCCAGUGGAACACGUUUAUGAAAAAUUACUGCCGUAUAAUUUCAAAGACCGCCCAUUUUGAUACUGAUAAAAAAGAACAAUUGAGUUUAUACUUAAGUUACGCGAAAUUUAUAUUGAAAGAAAUUUAUAAGUACCGACCACAAUUAAGUUGCGAAGGGUGUCACAAUAUUUGGAUAAUAAAACCUGCUCACUGGUGUAGGGGUAGAGGCAUAAGAUUAGCUUCUAGAUUAGAAGACGUCGAUGACAUAUUAAAUAAGACCAAAGCGAAAUACGUCUUACAAAAAUAUAUUGAGGAACCAUUACUCAUACACGAGACAAAAUUUGACAUACGACAAUACUAUCUUAUUACAAGUACAUGUCCUUUAGUUAUAUGGAUGUAUAAGGACUGCUAUUUGAAAUUCAGUACACAAAAAUACAACCUGAAGAACUACCAUGAGUCGAUCCAUCUAACGAACAACGCAGUGCAAAAAAAAUAUACAAAUUGUGAAAACCGCCACGAGGACCUGCCUCGAACCAACAUGUGGGACUCCGAUACCUUCAAAAGCUAUUUACAAAAAAGUGGAAAGGAAAAUGUGUGGGACAAUAUAAUCUACCCGGGAAUGAAAAAGGCCAUAACAAGCAUAGUGCUAGGUUGUCAGGAUUCACUGAUUCCAUGUAAAAACCGUUUCGAGUUGUAUGGUUGCGACUUUAUGCUAGACAAGGAGUAUAAGCCGUGGUUAAUUGAGAUUAACUCCUGUCCUGAUCUGCAUCCUACUACUCCAGUCACUGCUAAGAUAUGUCCGGCUGCUAUUAGAGAUAUUAUAAAAGUGGUCAUCGAUUAUGCAAAUGAUCCAAAUUCUUCUACCGGUAAAUUUGAAUGCAUUUACCGACAACCUUAUACUUUACCACGGUAUUCAGGUGGGGACCUCAUAGUGCGUGGCUACAGCCUUCCGUCUUCCUACUUUUAUAAAGGAAAAUAUAAAUUUAAAGAACCACGUUAUGACUUAGAUGUUAGCAAACAACUGGACAUAGCGGCGGUCAUGAAAAUGAUGAAAAAUAUGUACGAGAAAGAGGCACAGCUUGACAGCGAAGAAAGUGAUAAACUUGUAGAGAAUCUAGAGAUACCGGAUGUUGAUGACCAAUGCUUAAGCUAUAAAAUCGAAAAAGUAUCACCGCCUUUUAUUGCAGACCAUUUGACCGGUAUAACUGAGAGAGUAGUGUCAGAUAGAAAUGUUCGCACAAGUGAAGAAUCUGAUAAUUUGGUCGGUGUAAUUGAGACAGUAGUGCCAAAUAUAAAUGUCCGCACAAGUGAAGAAUCACCCAAGGCCACAAAUGAAGAGUUAGUUGAACCUGGUGGCAGUUUAAGUGAUGAAAAUUGGGUAGAUUUGAGGUACCUUGAAAAUGUACUGCUAUCAGGUGUAUCAGGUUCACCGUCUACAGAAAAAAUAAAUCCACUAUUUGACAAUGAAGAAACAAAGUCAAAAUCGACCAACAAUUGUUCAGAACAACAAUACGAUACUGCACAGACUAUCAUGAAUUUGCUUGAUUUCUUAACCAGAAAGGAAAAGGAAGAAAGAGAACGCAACUUGAAUACAAUUAACUUGAAAGUAGCAUAA